ACUGCCGACUAGAACCCGUUGAGAGCUCGUAGCGCCAUUCAAAAUCUUUAGCUAAAUGUGUGCGGUACAAUUGCGUAGUCAGUUGAAUGGUGAGACUAAAUGUCGCCAGUGGAAAUUUAUAUUAGUGCUGGUGCUGUUGCCGUUGGCUCUGCAACGCUUAAACGUGGCAUGCAGCAUAGAUAUAGAUGAGCCACUGGUCAUAUCUACAGUGUGGUCGGACGCAACAAUCGACGAGUGUCACGAUGACUAUCUGCUGGCAAGUGCCAAUGCCUCGAGUAUCUUCGCCUUGAGCCAUGAACUCUGCGAACUGACGGCCAACGAAACAAAGAUCGAUUUAUCUAUCGAUGAGCAACUGGAGCGAACACAAAUCGAAAUCGGACGUACCGCUCUAUGCGGUAAUCUGGAACUAUGCAAUACACUCGACGAUGAUCUUGAGUACCUUGCGUGUAUUAACGACAGUGGUAGGCGCAAUCUGCAAUUAAUCACGGAGAUUAAUCACAAUGCCACAAGCGCCCAUACACGACUGCGUGAGGACUACAAUGAGGUGCAACGCACGAUGGUGUUGUGCACCCUCGAGGCCCAAGUCGUGUAUGUGAACAGCAUGCGAGAGGCGCACGAGAAGUUGCAACAAUGUCGCAUCGAGCUCGCCGAGCACCCAACACCGAACUGAGCACUUUAAAUAUAAGUAAAAAAUGAGCAUUAUUAGAUUUUAGUAAAGUAUAGAUAUGAA